AUGGUUAAGCCCUUGCUACGCCCCCAAUGGCUGAUACCAGCUUACCCUGCGGGCCCAGUCCGCAAACUCUCGACCAAGACGAGUCCGCCAAUCAUUAAGAUAAAAGAGGCAACUUUCUUCAGACAUUAUCCGACACCUGAGGGCCUUCGGAAGGAGAAUCCUCCGCUAUACCCCAACUUGAGCUUUGAGCUACUGUCUGCCGAUAAGGAGCCCAAUAGACCUGGCGGUGCUGGAAACUCGCAAAACCAGUCAUUCUGGGCCGUGAUUGGAUCCUCUGAUAGGUCGGCUUUCCUGGAGAUCCUGUGUGGCCGAUAUAUUUGCAUUCCACCUACAGCGAGGUCAUACCCUCUUCUUGCAACAGAGGAGAUCGCUUUAAAGGACCCACGCCUUCGAUUCCCAGGUAAUGCAAUCCGCUACAUAGGCUUCAAUGGAGACGCAAAGAAGGAUGCAGGAGGCGUACGUGGUUCUUAUCUCAGCGCAAGGUAUGAAAGCAGAAAAGAGGAGACAGACUUCACCGUUCUGCAGUUUCUGAGAGGCCAGACAUCACUUAACCCUCCAGAGGACAAGGAAAUGACAUCUUAUAUGCAUGAUAAGCUACUGCAUCAAAUCAUUGCCGAUCUAGGCCUGCAAAAGUUACUGGAUAUGCCAUUGUCAAAUCUGAGUAAUGGCCAAACAAGACGGGCACGGAUUGCAAAAGCAUUGCUAGACAGACCUGAGGUGCUACUACUCGAUGAUCCCUUCAUGGGUUUGGACCCUCCAACGGUAAAAGCACUCUCUCCGCUAUUAUAUAAUAUCUCCCUGAGAGGUUCGCCGCGACUUAUAUUGUCUCUCAGGCCACAGGAUGCACUGCCUGACUGGAUUACACAUCUGGUCAUACUGAACCAGAAUCAUACGGUAGCCCUUCAGGGAGAAAAAAAUCAUGUGCUUAACCAGUUGGAAAUAUGGAAGGCCGUUGUCCAUCGAAAACUAGGUCCAGCAUCAAGUAGCAAGUCUCCACGACUCCAGCUUCUGCCACGUACUGAGAGUGAGGAAAAACAGUAUGCUAAAUUUUCCCCUGAAGACCGCUUGAAAUAUGACCAAGCAGAGAUUCUAUUCAAAGAAGGUCAUUUUGAGUCAGAAGCAGCAUUGCUCCGUGAACUUGAAAUAAUGUCAAAGGCCCCAGCCACCAGGCUAAAACAUGUCUGCAAUUACGGGGAGCCGAUUGUUGAAAUGGAGGGAGUUAGGGUAUUAUACGGUGAAAAGACUGUCCUGGGAGGCUGGGGUCAAAGUAUUGGCGGGGAGGAAAAGGAGGGUCUAUACUGGGAGGUUCGCCGCGGCCAGAGAUGGGGUGUCUUUGGAUUAAAUGGGUCUGGGAAAACAACCCUGCUAUCCCUUAUCACAUCAGAUCACCCACAAGCAUACUCCUUGCCACUUCGUCUCUUUGGCCGAUCAAGGUUACCAGAAGCUGGAAAGCCAGGAAUAUCGCUGUUUGAUCUGCAGUCGCGCAUCGGACACUCCUCGCCGGAGAUACACGCAUUUUUCCCCCGAAGUUUGUCGAUACGGGCAUCUAUAGAGUCCGCCUGGGCAGAUACUUUCCUAUCAAAGCCGAAGCUUGAUCAGAACAGUCGACUUGACGUGAUUUCCGCAUUGAAGUUUUUCGAAGCGGACUUGGAUCUGGGCUUUUCUCCUCGAGUUAGCCAAGAGGCUCCUAAUCCUUCUGUUUCUUGGGCUGAUUACACCCUCUUCUCAUCGUUGGACGUGUCCCAGCAGCGCGUAGUCCUCUUCCUACGUGCUGUUGUCCAUAAACCUGAGCUAAUUAUUCUUGAUGAGGCUUUUUCAGGUAUGCCUAGGUCACUGAGGGACAAAUGUUUACACUUCCUUGAGGCGGGAGAAACUUUGGGAGAGAGUACCGGCUCACGCCGAGUCUCCGAUUUCAAUAUUUGGCAUCUCUCUCUCCUGCAAAGUGAUGAGAUGCACGAAGUCAGACAUCAAGGAUUGUCUGAUUCCCAAGCUUUAAUUGUUAUCAGUCACGUCAAGGAAGAGGUUCCAGACAUUGUCUCGCAUUGGAUGAGGCUACCAACCAUGUUAGAGAAUGAUAGAGGUUUACCGGGAUGCGCCAGCGCCGGGACUCCGUCAAGCAGCUUUAGAAUCGGUACUUUGAAGGAGAACCAAACUAUAUCAGUGAAUGCAUGGGAUGAUAUCUGGGCAUAA